AUGUUUCAUCUUCGAGAAAGGUCGGCUUUAAUUGCAUACACGUUGCUCUUCACCCGGCGAGUAGGUUCUGUUACAGCUCCUCAGUUAAUGCGUAUGGUCGACGAUCUGGACAAGCGAGUGUACCGUGUGCAGUUUCCUGCAAGUUCUGCUUGUGUUACUGAUAGCACAACGAAAAAAUGCAUGGACAGUUCAAAUUCUGAGUCAGUGAAGUUCGGAGAUCUUGCUGAUAGGACUGGUUUAUUGAAGUUUGAUGAUUUCGAUGAGUUUGAUGCCACAAUGGAGCGACCUCUUACGGACGAUGAACUUCGGCUAUCAAAAACUGGAAGAAGACACGAUCCAGUUUGGUAUCUCUGGAGAAUAAACAAAUUCUGUAAAGAUGGAAAUACACGCGCUGCAGUUGAGCUAUUUUUUCACAAAAUGCUGAGCAUCGAUCGGGUCAUGCCUGACCGAAAUAUUGUUCAUGUUCUUUUGAAUGGACUGGCCGAGGUGGGUGACAGUGAGUCCGCCUUCAAGGUUUAUCGCAAGAUGACCGAAAUGGGCAUCCCGGCUACCAAUUCCACAUAUUCACGCCUUUUCAGUCAGGAUUUGACUGCCUGUCGUAGGGCGUGCACUGAGGACAUUGCCGCAUGGCAGCGGGAGCAUCGAUACAGUUUUAAUGAACCGAGUCUUUUUAAGGAUGUGAGUUUUCAUCCCGACCUUGAUUUGUUUGCUGGACCCGCCCUUGAACGUGCGAAGGGUCUUUGGAUUCGGCUGCACGAACGUGGCUUUCGAAUGAACCGGAUCACCUACAACACGCUUCUACAGACUCUGGCUAAAGCCGGUGAUCUCCAUGCCUGUUUCCAAGUGUUGGAUGCUAUGUUGCUUGGUCGCGGUGGAUUACCGCCACCAGUUCUGCCCUUAUCGACUGCUUCUCCGGCCACCAUCUCGGCUGAGCCCCUUCCGCCAUUCCGACCAGAUGAGUACACCCUAACUGCAGUUCUCACUGCAGUGCUUCAGUCAUUCAAGUCCGGCUUCCUCGUCUCACCGCUUGACGCUCUUCACCUAGCACUGCACGCGUGGCACCUCAUUCUUCCUCGUCUAGAAAGUCGACAGCCCAGUUUACACCACUUUACUCUCCUCGCCGGAAUUGCAGCUCUCGAGGAGUCCAGGAAUAGUCAAUUUUCCCUUGAAAGGGGCAUUAGGCGUCGCAAGGCCGAAACUUCGCUGAAGAAUUAUCUUGAGGUGAUUCCUGAGAGCUUACCAAAACUGAGGGAACAGCAGCCUUCCCCGUCCCCACGCAUCUUGGCAUCCGAGAAAGCGGCAAAUGACCUCUUGAGACGAGUGGCACUUCUGGCGUCGGGUGGCAAUACGAUAUCACAAGCUGCUAGCAACCCAAUCUCCUGUGGCAAUUACUUAUCGGUUGCAUCCUCAGAUUCCUCCAGUUUGUUGCCUGAUACUUUUUGUCCUGACUGGACUAAUCCCGACAUAGUUCUGCGGAGCCCAGUAAAUCUUUUACUACCGCUUCCCCAGAAGGGUGUUAGGCUCUCGCAAACACCAACAUCUCCGCUGAUUACGAAGGUCGUCGCCCUUUUGCCACCUCCUUCAGAGAACACGGAGGCUGGGUUGGAUCGGUGGGAGAGUGCACUACUUAAUGCUAUGGCUACCAACAGCGUCAUUUUAGACUUGCCCAUACUUAAUGCCCUCCUUCAGCGGCGAACAACGCAUGGACUACCUGUGGACAAACUGAUGGCUAUUGGAAACCGUCAAGGCCUCUCGCCAGAUGAAUUCACUUGGAGCUGUCUUGCAUGCGGGUGUCGCACUGCGAAGCAGGUUCGAGAUUUCCUUACCAGCUAUUCAAGGGCUGCUAAACUGGCAUUGGACCAAGGUCUUCCGGGCAGCGUGAGCACAGCGCGCCCUAGCCUUCAUGUUUACGCGACCCUACUGGCCUCCACAAAGUUCUACUGGAACUCCAAGAUAAUCAUUAUCCGGUCAAUGGCGGGCUUUGGUCAAUUGACCUCAAGGUCAAAAGGAUGUCGAGAAGACGGAAAAAAGUCACCGGAUUCACAACCUUGUGAUUCCCCCAUCCUUCCAAAUCGUCGUUUAAUCGCUAAUCUUGAGCUGGAGAUCGCACACUUCCGGGAUUUAGUUGCUCGCGGUAUCGUACCGAGAGGUAGUGACUUUUCUCCCCUUUUGAAUUUGUAA